AUGGCUGCCUUGCUCUUUGACAUCUGCAUUGGAAAUUGGCUGAAUGACAAUCCUGGGAGGUGGAGGUUGCAGUUAGAGGAGACUGCGCCAUUGCACUCCGGCCUGAGCGACAGACUGAGACUCCACCUCAAAAAAAAAAAAAAGUUUAGUAAAACACAACUGGGAGGACAAAGUGUGGGUCUAUUGACAUUCAGGGAUGUGGCCAUAGAAUUCUCUCAGGAGGAGUGGAAAUGCCUGGACCCUGCUCAGAGGACUCUGUACAGGGACGUGAUGGUGGAGAAUUAUAGGAACCUGGUCUCCCUGGAUAUCUCUUCCAAAUGCAAGAUAAAGGAGUUCUUGUCAAUAGCGCAAAGCAAUAGAGAAGUGAUCCACACAGGGACAUUGCAAAGACAUGAAAGUCAUCACAUUGGAGAUUAUUGCUUCCAGGAUGUUGAUAAAGAUAUUCAUGACUUAGAGUUUCAGUGGCAAGAAGAUGAAAGAAAUGGCCAUGAAGCACCCAUGACAGAAAUCAAAAAGUUGACAGGUAGUACAGACCGAUAUGAUCAAAGACAUGCUGGAAACAAGCCUAUUAAAGAGCAGCUUGGAUUAAGCUUUCAUUCACAUCUGCCUGAACUGCACAUAUUUCACACCGAAGAGAAAAUUGAUAAUCAACUUGAGAGGUCUGUCAACAAUGCUUCCUUGGUUUCAACAACCCAAAGAAAUUUUUGUAGGCCCAAAACCCAUAUAUCUAAUAACUAUGGGAAUAAUUGCCAGAAUUCUUCAUUAUUUACACAGAAACAGGAAGUACACAUAAGAGAAAAAUCUUUCCAAUGUAAUGAGAGUGGCAAAGCCUUUAGUAAUAGAUCACUCUUAAGGAAACAUCAGAUAAUCCAUUUAGGAGAGAAACAAUAUAAAUGUGAUGUAUGUGGCAAGCUCUUUAAUCAGAAGCAAUAUCUUGUAGGCCAUCGUAGAUGUCACACUGGUGAGAAACCUUACAGUUGUAAUGAGUGUGGCAAGACCUUCAGUCAGACGUCAUCCCUUACAUACCAUCGUAGACUUCAUACUGGAGAGAAACCUUACAAAUGUGAAGAAUGUGACAAAGCUUUCCAUUUCAAAUCAAACCUUGAAAGACAUAGGAGAAUUCAUACUGAAGAGAAACCAUACAAGUGUAGUGACUGUGGCAAGACAUUUAGGCAGAAGUCAAUCCUUACAUGCCAUCGUAGAGUUCAUACCAAAGAGAAACCAUACAAGUGUAAUGAGUGUGGCAAGACAUUUAGGCAGAAGUCAUCCCUUACAUGCCAUCGUAGACUUCAUACUGGAGAGAAACCUUAUAAGUGUAAUGAGUGUGGCAGGAUCUUUAGGCACAAGUCAUCUCUUACAUGCCAUCGUAGACUUCAUACUGGAGAGAAACCUUACAAAUGUGAAGAAUGUGACAAAGCUUACAGUUUCAAAUCAAACCUUGAAAUACAUCAGAAACUUCAUACUGAAGACAGUCCUUACAAGUGUAAUGAGUGUGGCAAGACCUUUAGCCGGACAUCAUCCCUUACAUGCCAUCGUAGACGUCAUACUGGAGAGAAACCUUACAAAUGUGAAGAAUGUGACAAAGCAUUCCGUUUCAAAUCAAAUCUUGAAAGACAUAGGAGAAUUCAUACUGGAGAGAAACCAUACAAGUGUAACGAGUGUGGCAAGACCUUUAGUCGGAAGUCAUACCUUACAUGCCAUUGUAGACUUCAUACUGGAGAGAAACCUUACAAGUGUAAUGAAUGUGGCAAGACAUUUAGUCACAAGUCAUCCCUCACAUGCCAUUGUAGACUUCAUUCUGCAGAGAAACCUUACAAGUGUAAUGAGUGUGGCAAGACCUUCAAUCAGCAGUUAACCCUUAAACACCAUCGUAGACUUCAUACUGGAGAGAGACCUUACAAAUGUGAAGAAUGUGACAAAGCUUACAGUUUCAAAUCAAACCUUGAAAUCCAACAGAAAAUUCAUACUGAAGAGAAUCCUUACAAGUGUAAUGAGUGUGGCAAGACCUUCAGCCGGACAUCAUCCCUUACAUGCCAUCGUAGACUUCAUACUGGAGAGAAACCUUACAAAUGUGAAGAAUGUGACAAAGCUUUCCGUGUGAAAUCAAACCUUGAAGGACACAGGAGAAUUCAUACUGGAGAGAAACCAUACAAGUGUAAUGAGUGUGGCAAGACUUUUAGUCGGAAGUCAUAUUUUACAUGCCAUCAUAGACUUCAUACUGGAGAGAAACCUUACAAGUGUAAUGAAUGUGGCAAGACCUUUAGUCAGAAGUCAUCCCUUAUAUGCCAUCAUAGACUUCAUACUGGAGAGAAACCUUACAAGUGUAAUGAGUGUGGCAAGACCUUUAGUCAGAAGUCAAACCUUACCUGCCAUCGUAGACUUCAUACUGGAGAGAAACCUUACAAGUGUAAUGAGUGUGGCAAGAACUUUAGUCAGAAGUCGUAUCUUACAUGCCAUCGUAGACUUCAUACUGGAGAAAAACCUUACAAGUGUAAUGAAUGUGGUGAGGUUUUUAAUCAACAAGCACACCUGGCAGGUCAUCAUAGAAUUCACACUGGAGAGAAGACUUAGAAACAUGAAGCAUGUGACAAAGUUUACAGUUGCAAAUCAAGCCUUGAAAGACAGGAGAAU